GUAGUAUUAGGCUUUCAGCUAUUGAGAGUCCCUUUUACAAAUAAACCGCUAAAUAUAUACAAAGAAAAAUAAGAAAACCAUAACGUAAUUCAUUAGGCUUUUUCUACAUUCUUCGAACUUCGAAGCUGCUAGGCAGCACUAGGCCUCCACACCAAGAUCUGUAUCUUUCCAGUAAAAGUUUUUAUCCAAAAUAAAACAAAAGUUAGGUGACCUAAUAAGAGACCUCUUCUUAAUAACUCAAUUAUCACUUUCAGUUUGAUUAAUCACUUAAUUAAGCCUUAACUAACACAACUACUAUUAUUAUUUCCUUGCAUGUUUUAAGCUAAUGAUAGUAUACGCUCUCUCUAGUUGUGCCCAAAUCUCUUUAGCAAUCAUUCCUGCUAAAGUUUUUUUGACUGGGAAUUCGAUUUUAAUUUUUUUUAUUGAGCUCCAUGGAAAAUAAAAACAUAAACUGAGGGGGUUUACCAUUAAAUCCGAGAGAGUAAGCUUAACGGUGUGUCUCUCUUCUUCUUCAUCACAAACCAGAAACAAAAAAAAAUGUCUCAAAUGAUUCAUCAAAUCUCACCUGCUCCUCCUCCCAUCACCUCGAACCACUCAUCUAAUAACCGAAUAAGCCCAAUCCUCCUCUUCAUCAUCGUCCUCAUCUCCGUCGUCUUCUUCCUCUGCAGCAUCCUACAUUUGACGGUCAAAUAUUACUUAAAGAAGAAAAGAUCUCGACUUUCUUCCUCCCCAACAGAUUCCGACCGAAACCCAGAACUCUCCGACUCCGACACUUACCAAAGACAGCUCCAGCAGCUGUUCCAUCUCCACGACUCUGGUCUCGAUCAAGCCCUAAUCGACGCCCUCCCCGUCUUCCUCUACAAGGAGAUCAAAGGGUCGAAGGAGCCCUUCGAUUGCGCGGUGUGUCUCUGCGAAUUUUCCGAAGACGAUAAGCUCAGGCUGCUUCCGAUCUGCAGCCACGCCUUCCACAUCGGUUGUAUCGACACGUGGCUCCUCUCGAAUUCGACUUGUCCUCUUUGUAGAGGGACCCUUUAUCCUCUAGGGCACCAAUUCGAAAACCCGGAUUUCAAUUUCGGGUUUUUCGCAGGAGAGGAUGGAGAUAGGGUUUCUCCGGGGGAGAAGGCGGUGGAAAGUGAUAUCAUGAGUGGGAAGAGAGUGUUCUCUGUGAGGCUUGGCAAGUUUAGGAGCAGUAAUAUUAAUGUUAGUGAAGAAGGAGGAGGAGGAGGAGGAACAGGAGGAAGGGGAGAGACAAGUGGGUGUGUGAGUGUGAACAGUAGUCUUGAUAACAGGAGAUGUUUCUCAAUGGGGUCUUAUCAGUACAUAGUGGCGGAAUCUGAUCUGGUGGUGGCUUUGUGUCCUAAUAAUAAUGAAGGUUUGAAGAAUGUGAAAGAGGAAGGAGAGUGUAAUAAUGUUGAAGGGAAGAAGAUUAACAUGAGGAGUAAAGGUGAGAGCUUUUCUGUGUCGAAGAUUUGGCAAUGGUCUAAUAAAAGAUCAAAGUUUGGAAACCAAGCAGAGACCAAUCUGGUGGGUUCUUCUUCUUCUUCUUCAUCUUAUGCUUGUUCUGCAUCUGGUAGUACAGUUGGUCCUGGAUUGUCAUUGAAUGGAAGGAGAUUUCAGGGGGCAUGAGAUGAGAAUGGGGGUAGGUACAGAUCAAAGGGGUAGGUUAUUUUCUGCUGUUGAUUUAAUUAAAUCAUUGAUUUUUGAGUUUUUGAUAUUCAUUUUGUUAACACUAUAUACUGUAGUGGUGUGUGUUUGUAGCUGAAUCUCUUUGUGUUUGCUGAGGAGAAUAAGCUUUGUUCUUUGAUCAAGUUAUAUGUGAUGGUUCUUUUAGUCCCCAAGUGCUAAUUGAAUUAAUGUUCAUACAAAUUUUUAGGAAACGUAAUUAUGGUUUGUAAAGUUUCCGAGAAGGAACCUCAAAGAUUUGCACAAAAUUUGAUGAUUUUGUGAGCUGUAUUUUGUCUUUAAUGUCC